AUGCAGACAUUUGACCUUUACUGCAUUAUACGGUCCACAUCUCCACACGCCCCUGACCCUGAUUGCUUAUGCCCCCAGGAGAGAGCCCCAAAGGAUGAGAAAACAUCCUUCUGGGAAGACCUAGAAGGUCUCGUCAGGAGUGUACCACUGAAGGAGAAAUUGUUUGUAGGAGGCGAUCUGAAUGGGCACGUGGGCUCAGAUUGUGCACCCGGGGAGGAAAGGGUACACAGAAGGCUUGGUGACGGUACUAGAAACCACCCAGACGAAACCAUCAUGGAUUUUGCGGUAUCGGCGGAUCUUGCAGUCACAAAUACGUUUUUCACAAAGCGCCAGGACCAACUGGCGACCUACGUGAGUGGAGGCAACUCCACCCAGAUAGACUUUAUCCUCUGCAGGAGAGAGGACCUAAAGUAUUGUUUGGACUGCAAGACGAUACCUGGUGCCGGUUUCGGUUUCAUUCACCAGCACAAACUUCUGGUGGCUGUUUUCCGCCUCAAAGGUAAACCACCCGGCGUUACGGCCAAAGAGAGUACCGAAUAA